UAGACAAUGUCGUCACCCUCUACUUCCACUUGACUUGAAAACUUCGAACUUCGCACCUCUGAAUGUGUGUUACGCUACUUCCGGAGGAGACCCAAAAGAACUUGCAACUUCUUACUCUGAAACAUGGUCAAAAUUGGGUCAUGGUUAGACGGCAUAGGCCGUAUGACGUGGGUGGAACAACCAUUUAAAUCUUCAACGGCCUAUAGAUAUUACAAGCUCAUACUUGAUGCCGUCUGCAAUCAUUUCCCAAGCAUUCCGAGACACGUAGUCACGAUGCAGACAAAUGAACUCGAUGUUUGCGAAGGCCACUAUGUGGACAUCACGGCUGAAAUAUGGGACGAUGUCAUUGACUUGCUUGAUGUCGUUGAGGUGACUCGGCGUGAGGUCAACGAACAGGAGAGCUCCAAAGUCACUAUCAAAGUUGUUUUUCCAUCUGGCGAGAUUCAGACCACUAGAAUCUCGAGGGAAAUGCCGGUGGACAAAAUUAUCGCUGAUGCUAGUCAGACAUUAAUGGGAAUAUUGGGACAGUGUCCCACUGACAUCAUGGCACUUCACUCUGAGGAUGGGAGUUUGGGCGGGAUAGUGAUGCGUGGAAACCGGAGUAUCGAAUCGUACAACAUCAAAGAUGGUCACUCCAUCAUUCUUCGAGUUCGAAAGCGUCAUCUUUGUAAAAAGCCGGUCAUUUAUCUAUACUCGCCCUCCGAUAUCGAUGUUUCUGUUAAGAUCUCCCUCAUUCCUGAGUGGACCCUCUCUGUCAUCUAUCCCGUUGUUGCCACGGAAGACCAUGGACAGCGUUUAGAAUGGAAUGUCCGCACCCAUCAAGAUGGGAGUCUGACGGAGCAUAAUUCCGGUUUAGAUGUGUCGUACCUGUUCUGGGAGGCCGAGACAAAUUUGCAAGCAUUUCCCCAGUCACCAGCGUUCGAACCGCAAUCAGUGGAUACGUUCAAUCCUAUAUCCAGCAGUCUCGAUGAUAUGGAUUCGAUUGUCAUUCCAGCGGACAAAGCAAGUGUUUACCUCGAUAAAUCACUCAAGGUUUUGGGACUUCACACCGAGGCUAGGACAUCAUUCAUAACUUACUGGCUACCGUCCAUCCUCAAGCAUGAAUAUAUUGCCCUCCGAUUCGUCUCUCAAGCGGCAUAUGAACGUGCCGCUUCCUUGAGCAUUUCUCCGCAGCCUGACGUCGUGACUCGCGUGUUCAUGCUGUUCAGAGGUAUCCCUAAGGAGCAUUUAGCCAAUUGGUCUAACGCCCAGACGCAAGCGGAGAAAGACGUGGCUUGGUGGGUGGGUGUAGUUGGAGUUGAUCCUGCAAGAGCCGGUGAUGUGACUUUGUUCAGGGUGUUGGAAUGGGGCGGGAUGGAAGUUCCCAUUUGAUAUUCUAUCAGAUUAUUCGAUUUGUGUAGGUGUUGUCGCGUUUUAUCUUUAUCUCGAUCAGUUCUGCAUUCAACAGUUGUGA